GCGCUGUCUACAAUCCAGUUAAUAUAUAGAAAUGCUGACAAUUCCCACGUAAGUUUCUUCUCUCUUUUACCGUCUUUCUGCCAAUUUAAGGUAAAUUCAUCUCUUUCACACAUCUGAUAUCAUUUUUGCCUACAAACGGAAACGGGAAUCGUUUUCACGCCGUGUAAGAUUUUCUUACACAUCACUUUCGCCGCACCCUUACGUCUUACUUUUUUCCUCGUAUAUCAUAUUUUCAGCCUUUCACUUGUUGAGUCAGUCUCUCGACACUCUUUAUCUUCUGGAUUUCUAUUAUCUCAUAAACUGAGGGACAGCCUUUAUCGACACUUUAUUCUCACAUCAUCGCCACCAUGAAUUCCCUUCUUAUGCUUCUCCCUCGAAACAAACUGGAUAGAUUCGCGGAUUGCACAGUCGACACAUGUCCGAUCUCUACAUCCUAUUAUUUCUAUCGUGUAUCAAUCGGCGCAAAUGCGGCUUUUCUCGCUCUUUUUAGCAUUUCAUUCCUUGGAUUUGUCUUUACAUAUGCAUUCACUCGUCGCGCAACCGCCUUCACAUUCGCUAUGUGCGCCGGUGUUAUACUUGAAGUAAUCGGCUAUGCGGGUCGUAUAAUGAGUUGGGAGAAUCAAUGGAAACAAGAUGGAUUUUUAAUGCAGAUUGUUUGCUUAACAAUCGCACCGGCAUUUAUGGCGGGAGGAAUCUAUUUGUGCUUGAGAAGAAUUGUAUAUGCUUUCGGACCGGAAAAUUCAAGGAUUAGUCCUGAAGCUUAUACCAGAAUUUUCAUUCCAUGUGAUCUUAUGUCACUUCUCCUGCAAGCUGCAGGUGGUGGUUUGGCAUCCGCAGCUUCACACUCAGGCAAAUCCCCAGAUACUGGAGAUAACAUCAUGGUAGCUGGUCUCGCGUUCCAAGUUUUCACGCUAUUCAUUUUCAUGAUCCUCUGCGUCGACUUUGCAUUACGCACACGUUCCCGAUACCGCUCCCUCGGUAACGCCGCAUUCGAUCAAAAUCCCGCUUUCAUAACACUUCGCUCUUCUAAAGGCUUUAAGGGGUUUUUAAUCGCUCUUGCCCUUGCUACGAUUUGUAUCUUCUGGAGAUCUGUAUACAGGGUCGCGGAAUUGGCAGAAGGAUGGACUGGGAAUCUUAUCAAGAAACAAAAUCUAUUCAUCGGAUUUGAAGGGGUUAUGGUUAUUGUGGCUUGCUUCACUCUAAACUUGUUUAACCCUGCCAUUACCUUCAAGGAAGCAAUGACCGGGUUGGGUGGUUUAGGCACGAAGAAGAAGAUGAAGAAGGCAGGAGAAAAGACUAGCGAUGGGGUUAGUGCCAGUAACAGCGAUCUUGAGGCUGUUAAGGUAGCUCCUGUUUAGAUUGUGUGUGCGACUUGACUUAGCAACAGUUUUGGAAAUGUUUUACGAAUAUAAUCUCAUAGCAUUUUACAAGCGUUUAUAGUUUUCUUUUAGAUAUCCUACAUAUAGUCGAAAUAUAUUUAAAUUUAUUGAGUGCUUUUAGUCUCUUGGCAAUGCAUUGGUGGUUCUGCAUGAUCGUGGUCAAGUCGACUGCUUGUCGCGGGCUUGUUUUCCGAUUUGAUGGCGAGGGACUGACAUCCCCUUUUCUGUGCGCUCUUACACUAUCUGAUGCACUGGCUCCAUUUGAAAUGAAUUCGAUUCACUGGAAUCUCUGUCCCUUGAACAUCGGUGAAUGUUCUGACUCGCCUAUUUGCUUCAUCUCUGACACCGUUAUUCACUGUGGUCAAGCAAGCUACUUGUUUGUUAUUUUUUUUGCGGCAAUUAUAGACGUUGCUUUUCUACAGCAAAAUACUACGACAGAAAGUUGAGAACUAUUUCUCAAGGGAUAUAUACAGGCUCGCCUAAACCCGUAUUGAAUCUAUCUCUUAUUGCUGAGAGAAGGUUUCGUGCGAAUCUUCUCACUU